UGGUGGUGUGUGAGGAGGUGUUGGCGUUGCUAAGGGGGUUGCUCUUUCUUUAUAUUUUACAUGCUCGAUCUGGGAAAGUGGAAAUAUGAUCACUGCUCCUGACGUCGUGGCUCUCACCCACGAAGAUGAGUACGGACAGCAGUAUAACGAUGACUCGAUGCCCCCUUUCCAAUUUCAGUCUGAAAACCCCUGGUCCAAGACGGCCACGGCUAAAUUCGAGAAGGAUUUCAUUCUGAUUUCCGAGUUUUCCGAGCAGGUAGGCCCUCAGCCUUUGUUAACCAUCCCAGACAAUGCCCGCGGUAACUUUGAUCUCAACUAUUUCUCUCUCAGGAUCAUGUCUGUGGAUUAUCAAGCCUCCUUUGUGGGUCACCCCCCUGGUACUAGCUAUCCUAAACUCAAUUUUGUCGAGGACUCCAAGGUGGUACUGGGGGACUCCAAAGAAGGGGCUUUCGCCUACGUUCAUCACUUGACUCUGUACGACUUGGAGGCGAGAGGGUUUGUAAGGCCGUUCUGUGUGGCUUACAUCUCUGCUGAUGAAAACAAGAUUAUGCAGCAGUUCCAGGAGCUUUCAGAUGAUUUUUCCAAAGCCUCGGAGUGUUUGAAAACUGGAAAUAGGAAGGCGUUUGCCCAUGAACUGGAAAAGAAACUCCAGGAUUUGGAGUACACUCGGAAUGUGUUACAUAAUGAAACAGAAAUCCAGAAAAGAUCUAACGAUAAAGGAUACUACUCGUCGGUAGCAAUAGAAAAAGCCAAUGAAUUAGCCAAUGUGGAAAAGUGUAUAAUCGAACAUCAAGAUCUUUUAAUGCAGAUAAGAACUUAUUCUCACAAAAAAACACAAGAUGCAGACUAUUUUUACUAUGAUCCAGAAUAUGGCAUAGAACAAUCUGAUGUUGGUUUGGAACAGAUGGCAAAGACUGAUGAAAUGUGUGAAAAAAAUAGCUUUUCUGAUAGAACAUCUUACACACCCAAGUUCACAAGGACUAAAUCGGCAAAAUGUUUUGAAAAAAAGUUGAAAACCUUAGAAGAACUUUGUGAUAGUUACUUUUUUAAUCAAACUCUGGAACAGCUUAAGCAGGUAGAGAAAUUCUUCAGAGGUGACGUAUGCUAUUUGAUUACCAGUCAGAUUGAAAAAGAGCUGCUUAAACAUCAGCAGCUAACCUCCUUUCUGUUUGAAGACCCACUACUCCUCACUGAUGUAGAACAAACUGAAAAGCAACAGCGCCAUGAUAAACUGCUUCCAGCUUUUAACAUUCUGAGUCCUAAGCUUUUAGUACACCCCUGCUUAUCAAAUGAAGCCACAAGCUUUGAAUCAUACAAGUCUUGCGUGGAGUCUGUGCCUAUUAAAUUGGAUCAGCAAGUCAAUGCAGAGAGUUACCAUGGGACUGCUGCAGAAUCUAUACCAUGUAAAAAUCCUCCAGCAACUUCAGACUGUCUUGAAUUGGAAGGGAAAGAAAAAGGAAGUAUCAGUAGUGGUGAAAGCAUUGAAGUGCUGGGUACAGAAAAAUCCUGCCCAGCCCCAAUAUUUCCUAAGUCUGAGAGCCAAACAAACCUGCAGUGCCAGCAUCCAGAAAUUGGAAGGAGGAAAUUUGUAGUCACCAAGCGUACAAACAGUGAGGACAGCAUUGAAGUCCUCGGUACUACUGAAGCUCUGAUACCUGAAGACUUUAAGGCUACCUACCCAAGUGCAAUCUAUGAAGAACCAGCUUUAGACAAUGAAGAAGAAAAGCAGCUGAGCACUGAUCUUGUGCAGCCUGAUGCAAACAUGAACCACGGUAAUGGCUUCAGCAAGGCAGAUUUUGAAAAUACCGUAACUUUGCCUGUUUUAUCUGAGGCUGUAGACUCUACUUGCUGUAUUGGAAAAGAGAGCCCCAGUUUUACUAAAUCAGUACCUACAUUUGUAACUGAAGAAUAUAAUGAUGGAGUAGUCAAUGUUCCACCACAACGCUGUAAAACCAUGGACCAAAUAUUCCACAGUGAUUUGUCACAGCAAAUUGAGGGAAAUGGAUUAUAUGGUGCUGAUGAUCAAGUAUUAUCUAACUGUGAACUACAGUAUAAUGAUAUACCUGGCAAUGGAGAAACAGCUCAAAUUCCAGCUGAUGAAUAUUUGGACAACAUGAGUUAUAUGAGUGCAUCAUUAUAUUCUGACAGGACUCCAUCUCCAGCCUUGCCAAACUGUCCAACAAAGAAGCUUUCUGGAAAACGCAAGAAACAGUCUGGCAAGAAUUCACUGUGGUUCAUAAGACAAUACUCGUUUGCACAACAGGCAAUUUUUUCAUUGUUGUCUGGCCGGACACUUGUAAUAGUAGGUGAGCAAGAAGGAAAAGUCAAGAAGCUUGUCAAUGCUUUGUCAACAUUUGUCCCCCAUUGUGGCAGGGAUUCAGACUCUAUAAAGCAAUGGGUAACGUUUCCUUUGCAAAUCAACCAUUUACAGACCUGGAAACUCAUUGGACUUCAGAGAACAGUUUCUCCUCUGGGUUCCAGUAUUUUGCACUCGCUGAAUCGGUACAGUCGCUACAUCAGCAUACUAGACUGUGACAACAAAACUCUACGUUGCCCACAAUAUAAAGGACAGCUAAUCACCAGGCUGGCAGACCACAGGACUCAGAUAAAGAGGGGCAGCACGUACUCCAUGCAUGUUCACAAUAUGUUGACCCAACUGUGCUCCCAGGCCUUUCUGUAUGCUUUCUGUCAUCAUCUGCACCUUCCCAUUGAUGAAAGAGAAACUGAAGAAUUAGUCACAUAUCGAAGGGUAAACUUUUUAAAGCACCACCUGGGCUUGACGAAUGAUGAUAGCAAGAUUGUACAAUACUUUGCAGAACUGAUAAAGAUGCACUACCUACAUGAACCUGGAAAGGGCUUAAAUCCAGUUCUACAAUUUAACUACAUCUCCAGUAGUGUGUUUAAGAUCUAGUUCCGCCACAUUCUCCAUUCAAUGCCAAUGUUUUAAUUUGUACUUGGAUUAGAGAAAAGCAUGAUCUAAUUCUGUUGGCAUUUUUUUACAUUGCUGUACUGUCACCUGCACUGUGAAAAUGCAUCGGUCUGGCUAUGGCAGGUAAAGGAAGGUUGAGCAUUUCUUAUUUGGUGUUUUUGUGAUGUAGAGAAUUUAUAGAUCUGGUAAGCUGAAGUAUUUUCAGCGCAGUAUCCUAAGUUGUAUUUUUAAAACAUAGCAAGUUUAAAGAAAACCUCAGAUGAUUUAAUACACUGAGAGGAAUGGGAUUUUGCAGUUUCCUGAGCCACAGAUGAAAUAAGAACCCGUAGUUCUGAGACUUGCUAUCUAAGUCUUUAGAUCUGUUUAUCAAGGUAUUGGGUGAACAAGAAAAUUGAAUCCAGGUCAAGGUGUACUAACUGUAGUCCAGAUAAAGCACUUCACUAAAUGGAGCUCUGAAACUGAUUAUCACACAGUCAGAGGCCUCUGAGAUGUACUGGUUUGAGUUUAACGGAGCUGUUGGGUGAAUUUCAGGAGCCAAGGAUAGGACAAAUAGUGGCUAAACUUUCAGAACAAUAUCCAACCUGUCUAUCAGAUUGUGUUUAGAAGAUUGGGGGUGGGGGUAUUAUUGCCAGUUUUCCAAUUCAGCUUUAACUGAACAACAAUGACUUUUGAACUGCCAAACGUGACCUAUAGGUUAUAUGUGAAGUCUUCAUUGGUUGUGUUGAAGCAGUAGCAUUAUAACAAGAUUGUCUGCUGUUCUCAAGUAUUAAAUCUGAAAAGUCACUCUUGGAAAUAAACUUAGCUUUUUUUAAUAGGAUAUGGUGGAUUCCAUGUCUGAUAUAAGGGUAAGGUGAUAAGAUUACAUACCUCAUAGUAUUAUGGCAGUAGAUGCUUUUUCAGGAUGCAUGAUUUUGAUUGUUCGUUCACUGUCAACAACAAAUAUGAUCCAAAUCUCCUAAUAUUGUCUCCAAUAGCUUACACUUUGCCUGGAUCUGUAUGUAAUCUGCAUGCUGCCAGUAUGUGAGCAGAUCUCAUACUGGAUUUGCAAUGCCCACAUCUGGCCAAGUUUUACUAGUGGUAUAUGCUUAUUUAUUAGCAGCCCAUUUCUGGGAGUGGCAAGGAAAUAGGCUGGAAAUAAACUUAUUUCCGUGUUAGUGUAAAGUUAGCUCAGCCACUUGAUUCACUCGAGUGUUGCAAUACUCAUUUUUCUCCAUCAGCACUUUGAUCAGUUUCAGAAGGAAGUGAAAUGCUACAUUGGGUUUACAGAAAAUUUGCAUUUAAAAUGGAAAAUAGCUGUUGAUUUAAUUGUGUUGAUGGUUUCAUUCAGCAUUUUAAUUGGGGGUGAAGAGUGCUGCAUUUCAAGAUAUGGUCCCAUUGUGCAGAAGGAGCUCUUCACUUUGUUCAUUUGAAUACUGCUAAGUGAAUGCCUGUAUAUACAGAGUUAUAAUGGGGACAGGUUGGAGUGAACAUACUGGUUUGCUUUUCUAUUCCUUCAGGUAGUAUGGUUGAGGGCUGUGCACAGAUGUUUGCCCUCUUACUCAGGAAUGGCAUGCAGCAAAUCUGAUCCUGAAAAGCAAGCAAGGAAGGAAAAUAAUGCUGCAUCAUUUCGCAUUCCAAAAACUAAACAGUUUUUUUUUUAUGCUGACAGUUUGCCUGACGAAUCCAAAUUGCAAGUCUUUGAGCUGACUAGGGCACCACAAACUGAAGUAAUGCAACCCUAUUACUCCUUUUUAUGUAGACCCAACAACCAAUUUUGUCUAUUCACUCGUUUCACAUUUUCAGAUCCUGUCUUGUUUGCUAGUUGCUCAGAUACUACAGCACGUUAAGAAAACUUGCAUGCAAAGCGUCCCUCAAAAGGGUUUCAGCAGAACGCAAGCAGUUGUGAAACACAAUGCCAUGAAAUUCAGCACCUUAACUUCAUUGUCAUGGUUAAAAAUGAAAAGCCUACUCCCAUUUUCCUUUUCCAGAGUCAAACAGAAGAAUGAUGGCUUUACUGUUAAUUAUCUUCCGUCUCAGCAGUCUUUAACUGUUUAAAUAUAAAAGCGUCAAACUUCUUUAGGACAAUUUAUUACAUCAUUUUUUAUUAAUUCUGUUCACGGGAAAGCCAAUUGAAAUGUCAGGGGCAUUCUGGACACUUGAAGGUAUUUUUUUAAUCACACUGUUACCUUAGACAAUCUCCUUUCACUUUCACAAUGCCAGUCUUGCAAUCAAGUGGUAUUGCACACUAUUUGGAUGGUUAAAAAUGAGCAAACCCAACCAAAGAAUUUUCGUUAACUAUCAUUUAGAAGACCUUUUGUUUAGUUGUCUUAUUUUUCCCCUCUAGCUUCAGUUUUUUUUUCUCUCAAAAGCAGUCAGGUCAUUCUUGACUAUGGUUGCUUAAUGAUCUUCAUUUCAUCCUUUUUAUAGCUAUUCUUCAUCUGUGAAAAUAAGUAAUAAGUGUUGCCAGUCAAGAAUUGAGAAUGUGACAGCCAAGUCCAAACCUAUUCACAUAUAAUAUGUAUUUUCCAGUAGAAACAUAAAAAAUAGUAAUUUGAAGAAGGAAUCUCAACUGGCCACUUCCCUUCCAAUUCCAGUUGUAUUCAUGUCACUGCUGCUUUGGCCAAGAUUGAUUAACUUGACACGUUCCCAGAAUUGAAUCAAAGACCUUGUGAACCAUCUGUGAACCAUCUCAAUUGUUGGUGUAUUAGUUCUGGCAUUCCAUAAUGCAAGUAAAAAAUUGACUUUUGUAAACUGGGUGACAUUGAAAAAAACUACGGCUGAAAGGAAAGGAUUACAAUCCACUUGAAGACCCCCUCUCCCAUUUAAAACGAUAAGACGUUAGGCCUUUUGAUGCAUUCAAAAUGAUUAAGUUCUUUGGUUUCUGCAUGUUCUACAUAUCUUUGUCUCAAUUUGAUGGCAGUACAGGUUUAAACCCCAAUCCAGAGCUGUUUUAUGAUUGACGUGACUGUGAAAUAGUUCUACUAUCCUAGCCAACAUUUUAUCUUUCAAAUUAGUACCACUAAAACAGAUUUUUUUUUUAUUGGUGUUUUCAGAACCUUGCUAUGCAAAAGCUGUUUCUCUACAAGUGACUACACUUAAUAAGAUUGAAUUGACUGUUGAACACUGACACAUCCUGAGCUUGUAAAAGACUCUGUAAAUAUAAAUUCUUCCUGUCACUGAGCAUUGAUGUAAUGUCACUUGAUACCUGCAGUACUUGGCUAACUAACAGUGUGCCACAGAUGAGCGUUCUUUUCUGAAGGUCUGUAUCCUUAAACUCUGCUUUUACUCUCUCUUCCCAUUUCCCUCCAUCACCCCCCACCCCCAAAAAUACUCAAGCCUCUGAAUAAUAUGUUUUACCUAAUAUGUUUCCUUUAUGAAAAUGUUCAAUAAAGUUGACCUUGCUUACUCGCCUCAUCACUGAAAACAUUUUCUAAAAGAAAAUUAGGGUAUAUUAUUCAUUUAUUGAUCCAUAUUUCAGUUCCCUUUCUAGUUAUAUUUAAGGAUGCACACUUGUUGGUUGCAGCCCUGUUUGAGGAUUCACUUGAGGAUUCAAAUGUUGUUGUUUCUGUAAGGGGAAAAUUGGACAAAAAUAGUUAGGAGAUGUGCAACAGUUUAAGGCAGUUUAUGUAGGAUUGUCAGGUUCAGAAUCCAGUUUUCCUAAUCACAACAUUAUUCAAGAUGACAUCAUAAUAGUACCUUAAUUUACACUCAGUGCACUGUGGAAUCGCGUAGACUAAUGUGAUCCAACACUUAAUAGUGCAAUAUUAACUUGCACAUAAUGAUUUUUGAAAAAGAAUUUGAAGAGGAAAUGGAACCCAUGUUUGAGAUCGCUCCCUCAUCUUGUCCUGGAGGCAUUCAUUUUUACUGGAUUAGGAUCUAUUAGUGCUUUCUGCAACUUUGCCUUUCUCACUGUGCUGUAUGUGAGCAAAUACUGAGAACUGAGGCAUGAUACCAGAGUAUGAUCUGCCUCUGGUUUAGGGCACCUCCCAGCCAGGAUCAUUGAAAUACAAUAGAAACAGGAUCUCUCACCAGCCCAGGAAUGUUUGUGGUAGUUGUAUUAUUUGGCAAUUCUCUCAAGUGGCAUGGAAAUAUGAGAGACAUUAUUAAAAAUUCAGAUGUUCUACAAUUAGAUGUCUUUCUUUGUUUUGAGAGUCUAUUUUGUGUCCUGGAGCUGUGCAUUUUUCUUUGUUCCAGUUUCUGGAAUCUUCCAGUGUUGCUGCUGAAUACUUUUAUAUAUUAAUUCUAUAUAUAAUUUAUUACUUUGUCUUUUCUUGGUUCCCAGUUCACUUUUUGAAGAAUGGUAGAAAUUAAUAAGUUGCAUUUCAGCGAGCAGAUCAUGCAUUCCCUUUAUAAAUCAUGUAACUAUAUAAUCUGGCUGAAUAUAAACUGUUCAAGAUUCAUCAAAUUUACUUGAAGUGCUGCAUUUUUGAUGCUGAUUAAUUCAUUUGAAUCCAGAUUUAAAAACCCAAUGAAUGUAUAGAACAGUUCUGUAUCCAGUUUCUGUCACGUCUAUUGGCUUAUUGAGGAUCUGCUCUGAACGAAUGGUAACAGCAAUAAUGCAAAAUGUGUACUUGCUCUGAAAGGCUGGCAUAUGAGUGAAUAUAAAGCAUCUGUUCACUAAGCACAUUAACAUCUUAUUAAACAAGACAAUACAUGUUUAACCAGCAUGGUGUAAUAGAACUGACAGUUGAACUUGGCUCAGUGCUGGACAAUUAUGGUUUGCUACAGCCUGAAAACUGAAAGUACAAAACUAUUAACUUGAUAAUUUUGAAAAGCACACUUAAAGAUAGUGGGUUUCUGUCAAAGCUAUUUUGGAAAGAAAAAUGUUUUAAGAAAUGUACUGUGAAUAGUUGUUUGCACUGACUGCCUUGAUUAUCCUCUUAGCCCAACUCAAAGCAACUGAAUGUAACUACCAUGCAAAAUGCUCAUGUAUGACUUCAUUAGUCACUUAAGUAGUUACAAUUUUUUUAAAAAAAAAGGAAUGGUUUGUUUACUGAAUUGUAUAUUAGGCUUAUUUUCCUAAUAUUUACCCCCAGAAAUAUCUACUUUCCUGGACACAAAGAUCAUAAAUGGGAGCAGAGACCUUUUAGGUAUAUACAGAUCCAUGGUAUUGAUGCAACUGAGCCAGGAGAGACUUGCCGAUUGCAUUUUCCUGGUACAAUGCCUAAGCAGGCAGCCAAGGAAAUGCGGCAGCACUUUCCAAAACAGAAAUACUUCUAUGGGCAUGAAAAAGAGCAGCUCAGUGUGAGUGCAAUGUUUUGGCCUGUGGCAAAGAGAUCUAGAAAAUGUCCCGUUUCUUUUUAAAUUCCCUUUAGAGAUCUUUUGUCUUAACAAGCCUUGGGAAUAGUACAUUCAGUCUGCUGACAGUCAGAAAAGCAAUAUUAGACAAUGGAAGUAAUGUCUAGUGCAUAAGUCUGAGAUGCCCACAUUUGUGUCCAGAAGUGAGGUAGGACAAGAUUAUUUUCCAAUUCUUUGAAUUUGCUAUGUGGCAUAGUCUAACAUCAAUCGGCAUUGGAAGGUACCUUCACACCUUAAACACACAAGUUUCCACCUUCUGAGACAGCUUAGAUGUAUCUGGAUGCUAUUACAUACAGUAAUCACUGCAUGCAGAAGCAUGAUAUUUUCAUUUGUGGAACAAUGUGAAUGUACUUUGAAUUUUACCUUGUGUCCAGUAGCUGGUCAAAGGUGGCUGAAACCUGUUUACAUGUGGGCAUAAACACCCCUGCAACUGUAUGAAGUACGUAGUCAGUGUGCAUGAAGAAUCACUAGCUAAUAUGGUUUCCUUUUCCAGGGAUAGAAUGUAACAGUCUGAUUUUACUUUAUUCUGACUUGUUUUCUAAGUGCCAGUUGGAGGACACUAUCAGUCUUGUAUUUUAAACUGUAAUUAUGUUGUAUCAAACUGUACUCUGUUCCUUUUAACCACAUCCUUUAAUUCCUUAUUUAUUAAAAAGUACUUAGUAUUGUAAAUAAAAGUUAAAACAGAAAAUGUUGGAUAUACUCAGAAGGUCAGGCAACGUUCACGGAGAAAGGAACAAUUAUCAUUUCAGUUUUGCCUUUCAUCUGAGCCUACUGAUGGAUAUGAAAAUGUAAAGAUGAUUUGAUUUUUGCAUUGAAUUACUAUGUGGUUAUCACUGCAAUGUAUAUUUCAAUUUUAGAUUUGGAUUCACCUGCUUGCAUUUUUGUUUUAUUUCUGGCCUCAUCUGUCACGCAACCAAGUGACUUCAAUUCUAUACUAUUUAUCUCCUCGACUUGGUAAAGUUGCUCACCCCAAAUGAGCUGCAAUAGGCCCAAAAGCUCAAUAAACCUGGCCAGCUGUCCAACACAGCUGUUGGCCAUAGAUUACAGACCUCCCUCAUCAAUUUCUGAAUGCUAGCUGUCAUGACUUUGCUUUGCUGUCUAUUUAACUGGGAUUUUAUGACCAGUCAAGCCUCACCUGUCUAGAGGGAGAAAUAAGUCUCUCGGUAUCUAUGUUAAACAAAUACUUCCCUCUUAAAAACCUGCUUUAGCCAAAAAGGAACUGUCCAAUUAAAAAGGAUAUAUUCAUCAGCUUCUAAAUGUGACCACAUAGCAGUUCCAUACUUUGUUCAUGUUUAGACAAGUUGGCCCUGAAUACAUGCUAUUCUUCCUUCAAUCACAUUGACUCCUUAAAUCGUCUAAUUCAUAAAGUUGUUUCCAAGGCUGUAGGGUUAAACCUACUCCUCUUCGUUUUGGGAACAUACCGAUAAUUGCAUUGUAACUGGAAUUUCUUGUAAGUACAGUUCAGAUGUAACAUCUUUGUUUACUAAGACAGAGACAGAACAUGUUAAGCCCUGAAACUUUACCCUGUUGACAAGACUUUAGUUUGCAAGGCUGAUGUUAUUGCAAUAAUGUUCAUCCAUCAGAAUAUGACUAUAAUAAAUUCUGAUCCAGUUAUUGGAAGCAUAUGUUUUUUAAUAAUGUUGAAAUUUGCACUUUCUUGCUUAUUAAUUUUGCACAAAAUGAGUUGUUUUGAAAUGCCAGGUGUUGUCUCUUAUGUAAUUAUUUAUGUAACUGUCCUGGUUUCGGUUUGAAAGUGUAUGUCCAUUUAAUUAUUGUUGUCUUAAAAUGUUGUGCCUUCCACUUGUAAUUAAUCAUUCAAACAUUGUGUACCUUAAUAAAACAUUUUUGCAGCUCG